AUGGAGCCUCACGAGAAUGAUGGAAAAUCCUGCUAUGGCGGUCGAGAUCUGAAAGGAUAUGGCGGAUCCCCACCGAACCCCAUGUGGCCCAAGAAUGCGAAGGUAGCUGUGAAUUUCGUGAUCAACUAUGAAGAGGGAGCAGAAAAGUGUCUCCUUCAUGGCGAUAAUGAGAGCGAAAAGUUGCUGUCGGAUAUUGUGGGGGCAGCAGCCUAUGAGGGCCAGCGCCAUGUGAACAUGGAGAGUUUGUACGACUAUGGUGGUCGGGCUGGAUUUUGGAGGCUAUAUAACUUGUUCGAGAAGAAAAAGAUGCCUGCUACGAUUUUUGCAGUGGGUAUGGCCCUGGAGCGCAACCCAGCUGUAGCUUAUGAGCUCCACCAAUCCAGCCAUGAAGUGGCGUCCCAUGGAUAUCGGUGGAUCGAUUAUCAAAAUGUUGACGAGGAAACUCAGCGUGCCCAUAUCAAGAAGACCAUUGAAAUCCACGAAAAACUGUUGGGAAAACGCCCGGCUGGUUUUUAUCAAGGAAAGCCCAACGAGGAUACACGCAGGCUGGUUGUCGAAGAAGGUGGCUUCAAGUACGACUCUGACUCCUACGCGGAUGAUUUGCCGUAUUGGAGCCUGGAACAUGACAGGCCGCAUCUCGUCAUUCCUUACUCUUUGAGUGAGAAUGACAUGAGGUUUGUUGCACCCAACGGUUUUUCCAACGGGACCGACUUCUUUACACACCUGAAAUCGACCCUUUUGUAUCUCAUUGAUGAGGGCAAGCAGGGAAGUCCCAAAAUGAUGUCCGUCGGCUUGCACUGUCGCUUGGCACGGCCUGGAUACGCCGCUGCCUUGUCCGAGUUCAUGGAUUUUUGUGUGUCCCACAGAAGGGAUGUGUGGGUCUGCACUCGUGAGCAGAUUGCUGACCAUUGGUUCAACAAGCAUCCUCCCCGCAUGGCGGCACCACCUGGUACCCCUAAGAGUCCCCAGAAUGAUGCUCGAGAAACGUGGACAGGCCCCAAGACAACACCGACCAAGCCAGUGGGAGAGGAAGAAAGUGAAGUGGACGAAGCAGAUGGCGAUAUCAUCUAA